GGAAACCCAUCUUUGUUGGAACAGCAUGAGGAGUUGAUCAGGAAGAAGAAGCACGAGAGUGUUCACAUAGAGAAUGCUCGUGAAGUUCAACAUCGACUUCAGUCAAUUGAAGGCGAGAUCGCGAUGCUCCUUCCUCGUGUUGAGAAUUACAAGAAAAAGGAGUUUCUUCGAACGAAAAUCAAAAUACUCCAGAAGAAGAAGGCCAUACUGGACUUCAAAGAAUGCGAAGAGCGCUUCAAUGAAGAGGAAGCUGCAGUAGAUCAGUUCCAAUCUUCUGUGAAGGAAGCUGAGAAAAAGAUAAAAAAGCUGAAAACAAAAAUUGAAAAGGACGAAGCGCAGGAAAAGCAAUACUCAGAAAGGCAGAAUAGUAUUUUGCAACAAAUGCGAGUGGUGACAGACGACGUCGAUACGCUCACUAAUAGGAAUUUGUACUCUGAGAAAGUAUCUGCGGCUAGUGAGCGAUUUAAUAAUCUGAAGAAGAAGAGUGACAGUUGGGAGCAAGAAAUGGACUCGAUGCGAAAACAGGUAGAUCGUGUACGGGAGAAUGUUUCUGCUGCGAAAGAACAAAUGGAAGGAUAUCAGGAGUUUAAAAAAGAAUAUGCACAAAAAACGCAACAGUAUGCCGAAGAGGAUGAUAAUUUAUGCAAAAUGGAAGAAGAAGUGCAGGCUGAGGAAAGAAAAUUGUCCAUGGAAAGAAUGAAGUUGCGUGAUGAGGAGAAGCGCAUCGAACAAGUUAUGGAAGGUCGCGUUCGCGUUCUCGAAAAUAUGCGGUGCAACAUGGCUGAUGAGGCAUGGCGGUGGUAUCAAGCGAACCGUGAUAGAUUCCAACAUCCAGUAUACGUGCCGAUACUUCAUAUGACCGUAUCCGAUGCUAAAGCUGCAAUGUUGCUCGAGAAUCUGGUAGCUGUUCGAGAUCUAGCGAUGUUCAUCUUCGGGUGUAAGGAAGACGAAACUCUCCUCACUGAUCGCAGGCACAAUUGGAAGCUCAAUUCGACCGUUGUAACCCCUUCACUGGUGAACAUAUCUGCACUCUCAUCGGGUGUAACGGAACAAAUGAAGGGGUUUGGCUUUACGCGUUUUGCUGUCGAUUUGUUUACUGCACCUGAUGUCGUUAAGCAGUACUUGUGCAACGUUGCUCGAUUGCAUCAAGUUCCCAUUGGAUCGUCAAGGUCGAAUGAAUUAUAUGACGAAAUAAAAUCGGCUUUUGUGAAUACUCCGUACAAGCUGUAUCUUACGGAUAGGUAUAGGGUGCAAUUCACUAUCUCGAAAUAUGGCUCCCAUGAAGUUAUAGGUCAACAAACUGAAUUAAAAUCUCCAGCGCGCCUAUUCGUGGCGCAUGCUUCGUCUCCUGAUGAGAAAAGUAAAUUUGAAGAGGAGCGACAACGACUCCGUGCUCGAGAAAAAGAGUUGAGUGAUCGGCGAAGCCAAGUGGGUCACAAAAGGGCCAGUAUUCAGAAGGAAAAAGAAGCUUUGAAAGCAAAGCAGACUGAAUGGAGAACCAAGAGAGAAGCUCUUACAAGUCUCGAACGAUCCUUGAGCAAUCGAGAAAGCAAACUCGAGAUGCUGUCAGCUAACAAGCCAAACAUAGAUCAAGCUCGUGCAGCUCUUAACG